GGUGAACGGUGAGGGCAUACUGUGACCUUAAUUGAACAUUAGGAUACAUUUUUUGAGCACAAUUACUAAUUGAACAGAAUAAUUAUCUUCCCAGCUAGGCAAGUAUUUCUUGUGCCUGCGGUGAGUCUCGUUUAAGGGAAAGGCGGUCCGCGUGGGGAGCGGUCCCUUCCCCACACACGAGAUAAGAGAUGCCGCUCCCCUAUUCCACGCGGCUUUACUCAAGCGGGUCCAUCACAGCUCCUCGCCUACAUGGAGCUGGGAGAAAAAAUACGAAUUUAAAAACGCAUCUCCAAGCCUCCGGUAGGACACGGGAGUCCUGGGAGCACCGCUCGUCUCUCCACCGGCGGAGUCAAGGGCUGACGCCCGGACUACAGCUCCCAGCGUCCUUUGCAAAGACGCGUUGUCGAGACAACGACCAAAGGGCGUCCUCGGGGCGCGGGGGCGCCGGCCCCUCCCGCCGCGUGAGUCGCGCUUCUCUCGCGAGAGCCACGCUUAAACUGCGGCAAACUCUCGCGAGAGGGGCGCGCGGGGCCGUCAUGUCGGCGGCGUGCGGCGGCGAUGGGCUGUUCGCGCUGGAGGUGCUGGUGGAGGCGGUGCGGGUAGCGGCCUCGGGCCCCGCGCUGCGUCCGGCCGUGGCGCUGCGCCUCCUCGGUUUCCCUACCCUUCUGCUGCGCCCCGCCGCCUCCGCCCCGCCGCUCCGGCCCGGCCGGGCCUUCCCCUUCGGCCGCGGCAAACGCUGCCUCUUCCGCUGGCGCCGCGACUCGCUUUGCGCCGCGCUCCGCCGCCAGCCGCUCCGCGCCCUGUUGCUGGCGCUGCCAGCCGGGCUCGCUCCGGAGUCCCCCCGCCUCCUAGGCAGCUGCAACGUCUCGCUGGCCCCCGCCGCCGCCGAGAUGCCGCAGCGGCCCGAGGAGCCCGUCCGCUGGGGCCGCCGCGGCCGCUUCCCGCUCAGGGACGCGGCGGGCCGCACGGUCGGGGAGCUGGUGCUGGGCUUCCGCCUCAGCAGCCUGGAGACCGGGGAACGGUCGGGCCCCGCCACACCGCCCCGCGCCUCUCCUGCGCCGGAGGACGAGGAGGAGGCGGAUGAGGAAGAAGAAGAAGAGCGAGGCGAGGAGGACGGCAACGUCAUCUGCCCUCCCGUGCUGUAUUACAGCCGUGAGCCGGCUGAGCCUCGUCUGCCACCAGCAGCAGCCAUGGGGUGCUGGCAGCAUGUGGUACAAAGCCCACAAGAGCAAAGUGAGGUCCAGAGCCCCCCACGCCCCAGUGCUGGGCCCUCCUUGCUACAGCCCAGCAGCCCCCAGCAACUCCACAGCACCCUGGCACAGUUGCCGCUGCUCAGUGCCUUGCUGGCAGAGCUGUCUGUGCUCACCCGCUCUGCUACACCUGCUGCUGUCCAUCCACAUCUGGCCUGGCUCUAUCAGGCCCCAGGGGACUGUGGCAAGGGUCCACGGCCAUCCAGCCAUUCCCCUGCCCUCAAGCCUGCAGAGGUGCCGGUGAGGCCAAGCAGGAGCAGUGAAGCUACCAGCUCUCAGUUCAAGCAAAGCCAGCAGCAGACUACCUUACCAGGGUCUUCUCAGGCUAGGAAAAGAUCUAAGAAAGCUGCACCCCAUGAAGAGACAAAAUCUGAAAAAAACUUCAAAACUAAGGAAAACACACCUCCCAGAAGGAAACUGUUGUAUGGGCUGACAAAUACACUGAGGUUACGGCUGCAGCAAAACAAUCCCGAUAAGCUGAUACAGCUUGAAAGGAGAGAACAGUACAGAAAAAAGCAAGUAGAGAUGUUGAAGGUGAGAAGCCCAUUAUCCAAAAGAAAGCUGCUCAAAAAUGCUGAAGAACAGUGUGUGGUUUCUCACAGGCAGUGUUCCAAGGGAGACAGUUCAAAGCAGAAUGGUCAGGUUGAUGAAACUGUUGAGACUUCAUUACAAAACAGUGCUCUCAAUGAGUACUUUUCUGGUACAGGUGUUUUUCCUGACCUACAGAAGCAGUCUGCUGAAAGUCCGUUGAGGAACAAUGGGUUUGCAAGCAAAGAACAUCCAUGCAAAUCAACAGUAGCCUCCUUACAGGAGAAAACUAUAUUAAAGUUUGCUCACAAAGAAAAGGACUUGAAAGUUCAGCUCCCAGAAGCUUUCGCAUCAGAUGCUAGUGUGAAGGGAAGCAAUGAUAAUGAGGAAGCAAUACACUUCAUCCAUCCUAAAAUCAUGGAGCACGAUAAUUCCUCUGUUGCAAGUGAUCAGAAACGAAGCCCCAGCAGAACUGCUGAAAAAAGCUCUGAAUUCAUAUACUCAGAUGACUUUGUUGCUAGUCCUGACAACAUAGUUUAUUCAGAAGAUUUCACCAGUGCUGAGUGUACAGACAGAGACUUGGAAGCUCUUGACAGCAGUCCUGAACCUCUCUGGGUUGAAAGCCCAAACCGACCUUGGUCAGAUACAGAAGUGGAAUCCAGCAGGUCCAGAGUUUCAAAAGCAAGUGAAAGAGCUGAAAGUAUGUCAGAUCUUCUGCCAAUGCAGUCAUCUUCAUCACCAGUCUCUUCUUUGAAGAGAAACCAUGGCUUGAAAAACAGCAAAGGAACUGGUGGUGAAUCUGUUGAUUUACUUAAUGACACCUCUCUCUGGGCAGGAUUAUUAGAUGAAGAGCAGGAAGCCCAUCAGGUUGAUAAGGAAGAGAACAGAGUUGAUGAGCAUAUUAAACAAGCAUCUAUACUGAGAAGUGAGCAAGUUAGCUCUGAUACUGAUCUGAAUAUAGGAAAAGGGCAGACCUCUGCAGAAAACAGUCAGUCAGUAACUGAAGUGUGCUCCUACUUACCACGUAAUUUGUCUGGUCUUGAACUUAGUGAUGUGGAAAACAGUAGGUCUGGCAAAGAUGAUGAUGUUUUGGGAGACCUACGUACUCAAUACAAAGAUAUCAGUGAACUUGUAAUAAACAAUCUUCCAGGAUACACAGUGUAAUUUUAAGUUGUCACUGUCUGGAUUAAAAUAUGGUAUAUUUAAACUAUUUUUAUAAAGUUUGUUACAUUUAGUUAUAAUUAAUACCAGUUAAGGCUAUAUCAUGCAUAUUUAUACAUUGGUCAGUUUACACACGAGUUUUUCAGGUAAACUACUAGAAUCUCUAAGUGGAUCUUGAUCAUUAUCUAGAGGAUGACUUCAGUGUCAGUAUAGAAUCAUUGAAUCAUAGAGCCAUAGAAUCACAAGGUUGGAAAAGACCUACAAGAACAUCUAGUCCAACCGUCCUCCUAUCAUCAUUACUACCCACUAAGCUACUAAACCAAAUCUCGUAACAGCUAAACCAUAUCUUGUAGCAGACAUCCUAACACAAAAAUAAUCUGAUCAGCACAGGAAGUAUAAUAUACUGUCAAAAGCAGAAAUGAAAACAGAAGCAGGAAAUGCAGUAUUCAGAACUCGCCCAAGGUAAAAAUAAUAACAUGUUACAGAAACAGCCAAGUACAAAAUGCAUUCCUAACUGAACAUUAAAUUUUUAUCCCUCAUGAAAAUAGUUCUAUGCUUCAUUGCAAACAGUUACUUAAAACAUACCGUCACAGCUAAUAACAGCACAUACUUUUAUCAACUAAUCUGUCUAAUGAGGCAUUUUUUCAUUGUUCUGUCACUAAAUAUACAGACCAGAAGUAGAUGAGCCCUUUCCCAUUACUGUAGGUUGAAGUUUCUCAUUUCAGUUAGAUUUUCAUGAUUUAUUAUAAAAUAGCUUAAGAAUUAUUGAUGACUGUAAAUCUAUAUAAUCUGGGAAAGCUUUAAGGAGUUGGAGAAAGUUACUUGACCUUGAAGAGUAAGAAUGUGCAAAGAGAAGGAAUAAGUGCAGUAAAUUUUCCAUGCUUCACAACUCCCUGAUUGCAUUCUCUGCCAGUGGGGAAGGGGUAGGAGGGGCAGGACCCACAGUCAAGAAACCGAACAAAUGAGCGUAUUACGUCUUGAUUUAAAGAUUCAAGAUAGUGAGAAAUUUGCUAUGUCUCCUUUUCUGUUCCGUUGGCUGAACUCCUAUGUGCUACAUCCCCUUUUCUGUUAAAAUGCUUGAACUAUCAUCUGAUGUUACCUUUUUGGUUUCUUACUUCAUUUCUACGACUUCCAGUUUGAUCAUUGGACUUGCAUCUUGUCUUCUAUUUUACUAAUUGUUGCCUGGUUUUGUUUUUUGUUUGUUUGUUGUUGUUGGAGUCUAUUCAUACAUCUGUUAGAAAUUUCAGAGAUAGUCUUUGACUUGAAUCUGAAGAGAGCUCAGAAUUGCUGCCUUAGCUUUUAAGUCUUUUUUGUCCUCCCUUUCUACUCUCAGUCUAGACCAUUUCUUUUGCCAACCUUACAUUCCAAACUCACUCAUCGUUUACCCUUAAGACUGUUAAAUGACAGACUUGCCAACUUCCAUUUCCCCUGUAAUUUACAACAACUUUUUCCAUUUCUGUGCCUUGAUAAUAUGACAAUGAGUGCUCCAUGUACUUCUUACAAGAAUCUGUGUUUACACUUGAAUAUCUUGGAAGAUUUUUUAUUUCUAUCCUAUGUGUUUAUCUUAUAGGAAUGACAGUAUCUCCUUUACUUAAAUUACAAACAUCUGUGAGGAUUAUUCAAGUACUUAGUGUUGACCUCUGAGGAGAAUACGACUACUAUUUUUAAUCUAAAGGUAAACAGCUGAAAAUGCCCAUGCAUCAAAGGAAUCUGGGCAGAACAGUUCUGAAAUGUUAUUUAGGAUUUCUCUGCUUCAUCAGCUCCAAAUCCAGACAAAAUUAUUUCUUUAUUGCCAUGGAUCUGAUACAAGUGAAAUCAGACUGUCACCUACACAUGGCAGUAAUUCUGAUUUCAUUGAUGGAAUAAGUUCUGUGCAGCUCCCAUGUCACUGAAAUACAAUGAUGCCCAAACAUUUUUACUGCCUGGCUAUAUAUAAAUGAUCUGCUAACACUACGAAUCCAAAAUUUGAAAGUCAUUACUUAAGAAAAGUUUAUUUAAAAAAGAUUUCUCAGCCCCAAAUUGAUUGAAAUUCAGGGGUAAAUUCCCACUCCUCUAUCUAUUCCCUACUACAUCUUCAUUUUUCAAUUUCCAGUAGUAAAUAUGGCAAGGAUAAUAUUUCAUUGGUUUAAGUUACAAAACUCCAGUCUCCUUUUAGCUAAUUUUAUUUGGGAUAACUUUAAGAGAGUUUAUAAUAGAAUUUAUAAUUUAAUCAGGACAAUGAUGAAAACAACAGAAAAUGUGCACUAAGAACACAGCAGGAGACAUGACACAGUAACAGGAGGUCAGCAUAAUGCUUGUUUUGGUUGCUUUGUGUCUUUUCAGAUACAGACUCACGUUAGUUACUGUUGCACAGAGAGGUUCCUAUCCUCAGAGAUAAUAAUCUUUUCAGAUGUUAUCUAUGUUGUCAUGAAAGUAAACAAUAUUUUAUUUAAUGUUCAAAUAACAUCCCCUCAGCCAACAAAAAUGGGAAGGAACUUCAUGUCACUGAUCACUGAAAAUUCAACUCACAAACCAAGAAGUACCUGCUAAUGCCAAGAAGAUUCUGUACUUCAACCCAGCAGGAUAAAACAGAGGUAUUAACUAUUAGUAUGAAACAUGAAGAAAAAAAAAAGCCAGCAACAUGUACAAAUCUUACAGUCAUCUACACUCAGACACAUUAUGUUAUCCAGACAAUUUUGUCAUUCUGACUUGCAUUCUAUAUUCCUAUGACCAAGUUGUUAACAUCAGAAGUUUAACAAGAUUUCUCUACCUAAAUGGAGGUACUCAUCCAAUUUUUCAUAAAGACAUCAUUUCUAAACUGUAGGGGCCAAAUUGCACGGAUUAUGAUUGUGCACAGGACACAGCAAUACACUGGGCAAGGAAAAUAAUAGUAGCAUAUCCUCCGCAGAACCACAGCAAUACAGACGUGGUGUCUGAGUGAAAUAGCAGGAGAAAAGAGAAGUGCUGCUACUCUGGUAGUUCUGCGCUACAUCUCUGCACUAAGAGGUCUCAUCUAGUCCUAAAAAGUCAGUGCAUUGGAAAGCUGCUUUCCUAGAAACUUCUCAACUAAAAUUGCUCAUUAGAAAAGGAGAAGAAAGCUGAAGAACCCCACCCCUUCUGCAUGCCGAGACUUUGAAAACUCAGCUUUUUGAGCAAGAACAGCCAAUUCUUCCAUACACAUUCAAUCCCUGGUUGUUUUUCAGAGUUCCUGGAAAAAUUAUUAAUUUGUACUCAUUACAGGAUGUGCCCCUGUCCACUGGGAGACGUGCAUAAAGACACACUGGUUUCUUAAGUGCCCCCAUCUGUCUGCUUAUAAGAGCUUUCAAUAGUUACUGAAUGCUGAGCAAUCCACAUAAACAAACGGUCUGUUACAUGUACUGUGCAGACACAGAGGCAAUGGCUUGUCACAGUGCAAAGUGUGACAAAACCAAAAUAUUUACCUAUUUCCUACUUUCCAGUAGCCCUCAGAUUUUACAUACAACUGUAAUUUGAAUUUGCUGUAGUUUUCAUUUUGGCCUCACAGUCUGUAUUGCUCCAUAGUAUUAAGUAACAAACUAUAGUUACUUCAAAUUAUAUAGUUUUCAGUUACAUUUGGCUACAGCAAAAUUAAAAUGUUAAAAUUAUUUACCUAAGUUUAUUCUAGCUUAUGACUAAGGAAAGCCAUCUAGUAUCUUACUAUUGAUUUGCUACUAUAGCAACUGAUCUUUCUGUAACUCUGUACCAUAUUCCAAGAAUAUAUUCUGUAAUACUCUGUAUGUUAAU